AUGGUUACCCAAAUUGAAUUGCAAAACUGCUUAGAAUGGGCCCAAAAUAACGGGGCCUUCAUCGAUUCGAAAGUAUCUUUCAAAAUUACACAAGAGGCAGGUGUUACUGCCUUUGUGAAUGAAAAUUUCUCUCCUAAACCAGAUCAAGCUUUGAUUAGGGUACCCGAAAGUUUGCUAGUCACUUCCCAGCAAGCCUUAUUAGAAUUUUCCCAAGCCGAUAAUAGAAAGAGAAUUUUGAAUUCUGUCACUCAGUUGUACCUGUCAAAGUUAAAAUUUGGCUCCGAUAAUGUCCAUCUCAAGUCCUUUUAUCAACCAUAUUUAGAUGUACUACCCUUACGUCUUCCACAACCGUAUUUUUGGUCUACCGAUGAAGUCAUGAACUUACAUGGUACAGAUGUGUACUUAACUAUGAGAAAUACUUUAAACGAGCUAUUAAAAGAGUGGAAGGAGUUAUUCCAAGUUUUAUCCAUUGAACAUACUGCGCAAGAUAUGCAGUUUUUAUCCCAAUUCCAUGACGGUGGCGACUCCGCCGUGAUCUCACUGGAACAGUUUUCUGAAUAUAUCAACGCAUGUGAGUUAGAAGCUUUAGAGUGGAACUCAUUUGUAGGAUAUCUCUGGUCAUACUGUAUUUUCAACUCUAGGGCAUUUCCUCGAGUUGUUUUGAAUAAGGCUGAUACAGAUAGCAGUAAUCUGAACGAAGGUUUUUUGUUUCCAAUAGUAGACUUAUUGAACCAUAAAAAUGAUGUGCCGGUGAAAUGGGAGAUGAAUGAAAAUAAUGAGCUCUGUUUCAUGUCGCACUCACCCGUAUUUAACGCUCAAGAGGAAUUGUUUAAUAAUUAUGGUAAUAUCUCUAAUGAAAAAUGUUUGUUGAACUACGGGUUUUGGGAUUCCUCGAAUAAGUAUGAUUUUUCCAGAUUAACUUUGAAACUCCCUUCUACCUUACCUAACAGCUCGCCGAUAGAUUUCAAUAAAUCAGGAAAUUUUAUCAGUGACGAUGGAGACACCACCAUUUUACAGUUUAAUUUGAGGCCUUUAGAAAUGGUGCCCCCCACCCUAAUAGCUUUAUUUGCCCACUUAAGUAAACUGAAAUCCGAGGAAACGCCCACCGUAAGGAGCGUAUUGGAGGGCAUUGAUCAACUAACGUCUGUAGUAUCCCAGAGAUUAUUGUUUUUCAAAAAUUUCAAGGCCAGAACUUCUUCUUCUCAAAAAUUACGUCCUCACGUCAUUAAACUAAUUAAAAUGUACUAUCAAGACAACAAAAAAAUUCUUAAUUCCACAGUUGAAAAACUUUCCGUUUUACAAAAAAAAAUAUUCAAUGCUAACAAAGAGUUUUCCCUAUCAUUCAAGACAAUUUUUAAGAAUGACAAAAUCUUCGCUAAUUCUCUCUUAUUAAUAUUUGGCGCUAUAAAUUACGAAGACUUAAUCACAAAGGAUUGUCUCAAUGAUGCAUUGUUGCUCUGGAUAGUCAAGACCAUCAACGAUAAAAAUAUUAAACAAGACAGUUUUAUUGUACAAGCAUUCAAAGAAGUUAGUGGUUCAAUUGUCAUUGAGAAACAAGAUGUUAUGGAGUAUCUACCAUUCUACAAAAAAUAUUUUCCUAAUUUAUCAGAAAGAAUCCCAGAAAUAUACAACGUCGGCGAUUGGGGGAUAAGACAAUUCAUUGUGGCAGAUACCGUCAUUGACAGAUUAGUUUGGAUCAGAAAAUCAAAUAAAGAACCUAUUUUCUUAAUGAAAAAGGUACACGACAUACAGAUUUGA